AUGGUGGCAGCAGCAGCCGUUCUUCUCUGCCAACCUCACAGCAUCGUGCAGCGUCGCCUGCUGGAGGGAAACAUCACGCGACUCAGAGGUGAGGGCCGGGACCUCAGCACCAGGGUUCGCUCCCCACUGGCCGACACCAAGGACGGACCUGCUGACACCGAGGAGAGGAGCGAGAGCACGGCUGACGACUCCACAGAGGAGAGGGAGUCUUUUGAGGAAAGUGAAAGGAGCCUACGGUCAGAUGAGGAGGACGACAGCAGUGAGGCCGGAGCCAGACAGACAGCUGAGAAGCCCGAGGGCGGGGAGAGCUCGCCUGUCCUAACUGCUCUCAUCAUUCAGUGCAAGUGCUGCGAGACUGAAGUCAAGGCAUCCAUCAACACCGGCAGCCAACACAACCACAUCUCCACCUCCUGCUGUCAGAGGCUGGGACUGGUGCCCAGACAGGCCAGUUCACCAUGCGACGUGAACAGCUCGGUGACGGAGCUGCAGCUGCAGCUGGGAACACAGAGAGUCCAGUGUUCAGCUUACAUUAAAGAGGACGAGGCGUUCGAGCUGUGCCUGGGUCUGCAGACUCUUUUGGAACUUAAUUGCUGUUUGGAUCUGAGCAGUCGGGUCCUGAAGCUGCAGGGCUGCGGUGAGGAUCUGCCCUUCCUGAACCCCUUGACCGACAGCCAGUGCCAACACGACACCAACGAGAACCUGUGAGAUCGACUCCGCAGCAGGGACCACGUCCUCCUAAAGCCUAUUCGGUUGCAGCAAUGCGGCACGAUGCUGUUCAUGUCUGGGCUGUGGGGUCACCGUGUCUCUCACUGCCAGAACAUGGAUGAGCAUUCGCAUCAGUCGUGCUUGAGUUUACAUCUUUGUGUUGGUAGAAUUAAGACAUUCACCAUGAUUAUCUCUUAUAUAAAACUAGUCUAGUAAACAGAGGAAAAUCCAGUCUUGUAAGUUUAAUCAUUCUUUGUGAUUAGACUAUAUAUUCAAACCAAUUUGUCUGCUGAGCUGUUCAAAUACGCCAAUGCACUAAAAGGGAAAACCAUAAUAAUCCUUAAAGUGAUUUUUUGUGGAAUAUUUUGUGAUUUAACUGUAAAAAUACUUUGAGUCAUAGAGUGAAUGAAAAACAAGUUAAUUGUGAAGUUAAACAACUUCACUUAAGAUAUUCUUAAAGGAAUAAUUUUAUAUUUCGAAAUGUUUAGCAACAACAUUAGCCUAUCAGCACCAUUAAAACUCACUAUUUAACAUAUUACAGCUAAUUUCUGAAGACCAUACGAACACUAAAUGUACAAAAUAAAAGUUGUACGUAAUAUAAAGGCUGACAAAAACAAAUAUAAGCAUAUUAAAGUUUUUUAAAGCUUUUUAUAGAUGAAACCAGAUUGCUCAUUCAACCUAACUUUCUUCUAGCAAAUACUUUAGCAACUGAUCCAAAACAUUAGUCAUACUCUAGUAUUUAUCAACUAUGUGUGUUGACCAUUUAUUUGAAAAGCUAUUAAGACUGAUCCACUUAGACAGGCGUCCACCGCUUACACCAUCUGUGACGUUUAGCUAGAAACAUCAAACCAUUCUUUCAUUUUCCAAUAAAUUUGGCAAAAUAAUGAUUGUGUUUUUCAACCACUCCAAGUUUUAGCUCUUUAUACAUAAGUUUCAGUUUAUAAAGUUAAUGUUUAUUUUAAAGUUGUUGUUUUUUUUAGUUCAAUUCUUUACCUAAAUAUUUGAUUUAAUAUCAGUAACUUUACCUGGUUAUGUAUAACUUAAAGCUAUUGGCUUUGAAUUGCUAUGAAUCUGUUUCAGGUAUUAUCAAUUUAUUUUAUCAGUUUUGCUAACAAAUAAUCACAGUUGUGCACAAAAACAGUAUUUCCAUUGUUUGUUAUCUUAACUGUCUGCAAAUGCAAAAAACAUAGUAUACCGAACAGUUUCUGAUGCAUAAACAGCAAUUAAACAGCAUAAUAUUUUUCCCCAAAUCCUCCUCCAGCAAAACUUUCACCUACGAGGGGAAAACCCCUGCUCCCUCAGUGAUAUAAUAAUUUCCGUGUAUCUACCUAAAUUGAAUGGUUACUGAACCAUAGUCAUUCAAAAGACACAAAGAGUUUGACAUGUUCAAGAGAUAUAGUCAUAGAAAACUGAGAAAUACAAACUGAUUAUUUCAUGUUAAUCUCAAAAUUUUCAAAUUUUAGGAAACAAAAGUAAAAAAUGAAAAUGUGGGAAUUUUGCAUAUUAUGUCACAUUUAUCCUCAACUGUAAUAAUUACAUAAAUGCUUUAUUUCCACUCUUUAGCCAUUUUUAACCUGUUAUUCCACAGCUGCAGCUACAUAGUUUUCCUCCAUCUAUCCCUAACUUGUACCCAUCUGUUUGCUCAUUAUUUUUAACUAACAGUUUCCAAUAGUUACGCAUGUAUUCAGCAAAGUGCACAUUUAUUUCCAUUUAUUUUUAAUCUUUAUCUGCACUCCUUAAACUCUAUUGGAUGAUAUAGCUUUAUUCUUUCAGAUGGUCCUGUGUGUAAGAAGAGCGUCAAGCUAACAAACGUCCACUCCUAUCUUACCUCGUACCCCUGGAAUCAGUGGAUUUAACAUAUUGCCUUAACAUGUUCAUUAGUGAGGCUUUAAUUGGUGCUGGAAGGCUUCUUUUUCUCACCUUUGGACCAAGCCAGGCUGGAUUUUGUAAAUCAACAUUUCCUGCCUUAUAUUUAUCAGACAGAGCGGUGUCAGACUUCUCGCUGUCAUCAGUAUGCUGUAUGAAGCUGUAUUAAGCACAUUUCCCAAACUACAUUUAAGACACGACACGCCUCAUAUAAAACGAAGAGAGUCUUCAAGCUAUUUCCUGAGUGUUAAAAGAAAAUGUUGAGAAGCUUAGGAUUCUAGUGUAAUUAAGUGUGGAUCAGGCUACCUCCUUAAAAGACACGGACCGGUUCUCAUAGAGAAUUUCAAGAGAUCCAAGGAAACAUUUCUUAAGUAGAUAUAUUUAGCUUUGUAAAGUCCCUUCAUUCUUUUUUUUCCCUCAUAAAGAGACUGAUUUGGUUAUGUUUUCCAAGAGCACACUUUCCAGCCCAUCACGAUGGCCUAGACUGAGUUAUGGUAGUUCCCUAUAAAUCCCCUCAUAUAAAAAUAGACUUAAGGCCAGCCGGUUAAAUAUAUCAAGAGUCAGAAAUAUCAAAACAUUCCAUCUGCAUGACUUUGUAAAGUUCUGCCUUUGUAUAAGUCUGCAUGUUUAUGUACUAGUCUGAUUGUGUCAUGUUGAAAGUCUGAAGGGGCUGGAUGUGUGUGUUAUAAGCACAGCAGGGUUUUCUGCCAUCUUAUAACAGCAGCUCCACGUGGGAAAAAAGUGGAACAGGUCCCAUCAUCCCCAAACUGGUACAGCGAGCUCCGGUCAGAACAAGCUGCCAAAAGCCGACCCCCGCUGCCUUCCCUUUCUGACUCUUUCAGGAGAUUUUAACCACUCGGCUAAGGCUGCACUUGUGCCAAGGCACCUCUUCAAGCUUAUCUUCAUUUAGGCAACUGAUCUUCUUUGUGUAUUUGCCACCAUUUUUUGGCUGAUGUUAUUCACUCUUGAUGCCUCAUGUUUGCUGAUUUGCCUCCCCACUACAGUGCCACCUGCCUCUCUUGUAUGUGUUUUCAUAGUGUGGAGAGUAAGGAAGCUGCCUCAGAUGUGCUCACCGAAAGCACCAUCAUGCUCUGCUUUAACAACACUCGAGCUGCGCCACGCUUUUUGACCGUGCUACAGCAACCAUCUAGCCUAUUCUUGGUGGUCAGAUUGGAAAUAUUUGUUUCUCUUUGUUGUAUUAGUGACCUUCCUAUGACGUGUGAGAGGAAUCGAUGUAUGACAGAAAUUUAUUUUUGGUGUUUUUCUUCUUCUGGACAGUAUUUUCUCUGCCUAAUAAAGUAUGUAUUCUGGCUAG